UAAAACAGAAAAGUAGGGUGGAGUUGGCGCAUACAAAAAAUUCCAUUAAAAGCGACAGAGAGCCGUAGGUGUAAUCGAGAGGCGGCAUUCCUCCCAAUCUGUGUGGGCGCAAAUUCUGCCAAACACGUUCUUCAAAUUUCUCAGAUCACUGUUCCUUCUUCAAUUUCUCCACUCUCACAACGUCCACUUCCAACUCAACGCGAUACUUCUUCUUGUUCUUCGAUUGACCGCCAAAUUCUGCAACUGGUUUUCAUCACUUUGAUCAUCCCUUUCGAGUGGGGUUUUCUUUAAAACCCGCCAUGGACUUUUCGAAUUGCCGGUGUUGAAACGUUCUUGAACUUUGUAAAAAUCUUUUUCAGCGUUUAGAGAUUUCAAUAGUUCAGCGAUUUCCCGAUUUCCUCGCCAAAUUAGGAUUCUAAGCCGAUCAGCGGCGUGGAUUUGAAGGGGAGCGGUGCUUAUCUGAGAUCGGUGAUUUUGAUUGUGAUCGAGAUGCAGUCGAAAGUUCUGCUACUGGAGGAAGGGAAAGACCCUGCACAUAUGAGCCGGAUAAACCAACCUAAGCCGUUGCCGUUGAGGUUACUUCAGCUAUUCAUGUCGUUUUUGGUUCUUUGUGUUGCGUUUUCGGUUCUUAGUUUGUAUACGAUCCGCCAUUUUGGGAUUGAAAGUGCAGUGACGACGGUUAAGUCCAAUUUUCUUCCCUGUUUGAGGGAAUCGAAUAUUAGUUUAGGUCAGUGGAUUAAGGCUCCGGGGGAUUUGAUGCACUCAAUGACCGACGAGGAGUUGUUUUGGAGAGCAUCGUUUUCACCUCGGAUUAAGAACUACCCUUUUGAAAGAGUUCCGAAAAUUGCUUUUAUGUUCUUGACUAAAGGUCCAUUGCCACUUGCCCCACUUUGGGACAGAUUUCUGAGCGGACAUCAACGCCUCUUUUCAAUUUACGUUCACUCGUUGCCAUCGUUCAAAGCCAAUAUUUCUCGUGCUUCUGCAUUUCAUGGAAGACAAAUUCCUAGCCAGGUAGCAGAAUGGGGAAGAAUGAGUAUAUGUGAUGCGGAGAAACGACUCCUAGCCAAUGCGUUGCUCGAUGUGAACAACGAAUGGUUCAUUCUCCUCUCGGAAUCAUGCAUUCCCCUCUACAACUUCAGUGUGACAUACAACUACUUGAAGAAAUCCAAAUAUAGCUUUGUGGGUUCGUUUGAUGACCUUGGUCCUUACGGGAGAGGGCGAUACAGGGAUGACAUGGCACCAGAGGUGAACAUCACAGAAUGGCGUAAAGGCUCACAGUGGUUCGAAGUGAACCGCAAGCUUGCAAUCAACAUAGUGCAAGACACCAAAUUUUAUGAGAAGUUUGAAGAGUUCUGUCGACCGCCAUGCUACGUCGACGAGCAUUAUUUCCCGACAAUGCUCACAAUAGAAGCUAGUCACGUUAUAGCCAACAGAAGCAUCACAUGGGUGGAUUGGUCAAGAGGAGGCGCUCACCCCGCCACGUUUGGACGACAGGACAUAACCGAAGAGUUGCUAAGAGAUGUCGUAGACGGUCGGAUCUGCAGUUACAACGACAAAGCCUCCUCCAUCUGCUCUCUGUUUGCAAGAAAAUUUGCGCCGAGUUCGUUGCAGCCGUUGCUACGUUUAGCAUCAGAAGUGUUGGGAUAUUGAAGACUAACAGGUUACAUUAGCAGAGUAGAGGAGCAGGGAGUGAGCUAAGUCGAGUUUCGAUCAAUGCAGAAAAACACACUCUUUUGGAGUUGGAACACAAAAGAAAG